AUGAACGUUCUUGUGAUUCCUAUGCUUUCAGACAACUUCUGCUACUAUGCCUAUAAAAAGGAUGAUAUUAGCAAAGGGUUCUUUGUCGAUGUCUCUCAACCACCAAAGCUCGAUGCUUUCACUCAAGCUUUUGGAAUUCCAAAGCCCACUCAUAUUCUAACUACACAUAAGCAUGGUGAUCACUCAGGAGGAAAUAAUGAAUUGAAAGAAAGAUAUCCAGAUUUAGAAGUAAUUGGAGGAGCUAAUGAUUCUAUUCCAGGCUGUACUUAGCCAGUAAAUGAUGGUGACGUUCUAAAUCUUCACGGAAUGAGAAUAAGAUGUCUUCACACUCCAUGCCACACCAGAGGUCAUAUCCUAUAUUACGUGGAAUCUGAUGAGGAAAGCAAAGAAGAGACCAAGCAUGAAGUAUCAAAGGUUAAUGGUUACCAAAAUAUCUCAAAUAUUAACAGAUGUCUAUUUACUGGGGAUACUUUGUUUAUCGGAGGUUGCGGCAGAUUCUUCGAGGGCACAGCCGAAUAGAUGCAAAGUGCUAUGGAUAGAAUUGGAGAGCUUCCCAAUGAUACUAAGGUGUUUGUUGGACAUGAAUACACAAUCAAGAAUCUAGAGUUUGGAUUGAUGGCAGAGCCAACUAAUUCUUUUAUUGAUUAAAAAUCCAAGGAGUACCAGAAACUUUUAGAUGAAGGUCUCCACACUGUACCUAGUCUUAUUGGCGAGGAGAAGCAAUUUAAUGUUUUUAUGAGAACAAGAGAGUAGAGUGUCCAAGAGUCUUGUGGGUUUGAUGAUCCCAUUAAAUGCAUGCAGUAUUUGAGGGAAUACAAGAACUCAGGCACUAAACCAAAUCUUUGA